UAUCAUGUCCGAAAUGCAAUUGGUAAAUGGCCUGAAAUCUCGGACCAAACUACGAGGCAUCAGCUCCACGGUCUGUACUGUGUAGUUAAAUAGUACAAAUAAGAUAGAUUAAAAGCCCAUCUCACUUUCACAACUCUCGCUUCCCACUAUACUAUCACCAUCACCCCCACCCCCACCUACCGGUGGCGCGUGAGCUAGACUCUGCUGGGGCUGUUAUCCGGUUGUUAAAAUAGCAGAUAAGGUGGAGAGAAGGUGAUGGGUCAAAAGCUUAGCUGCAUAGAAAACCAUGAGACUGCUUUGUUCAGUGCUGUUCAGACAGGUGACUUGGAGAUGGUUAAGGCAAUGGUUGAAGCAAACCCAAGUGCCUUAAAAAGCGCCACUCGAUAUGGGAAGUUAUCUAUUCUUCAUGUUGCAGCCAUCCAUGGUCAGAUCGAUAUUCUUUCAUUUCUUUUAAAUCGACAUCCCAAUUCAGACAUCUGGAAUCGUCACAGACAGACCCCAUUGAUGUUGGCUGCAAUGCAUGGGAAGACCGAGUGUGUGAAAAGGCUUAUCCAGAGUGGAUCAUAUGUUUUGAUGUUUGAUUCGCUUCAAGGAAGAACUUGCUUGCAUUAUGCUGCUUACUAUGGUCAUUUCGAUUGCCUUCAAGCUCUUCUUUCGGCUGCCCAUGGCAGUCCUCUUGCAGAUUCUUGGGGCUUUGCGAGAUUUGUUAACAUACGAGAUGAAAAUGGAGCUACGCCUCUGCAUUUGGCAGCUCGCGAGGGAUGGUCCAAUUGUGUUCAUGCCCUCUUAGAUAGUGGGGCUCUUGUUUGUGCUUCAACUGGUGGAAAUGGCUACCCUGGGAGCACGCCUCUUCAUUUCGCUGCACGUGGGGGUUCUAUAGAGUGUAUCCGGGAAUUACUCGCUUGGGGAGCCGAUAGGCUUCAGCCGGAUUCAUACGGGAGAAUACCAUAUUUGAUUGCUAUGAAGCACAAACACGAAGCAUGUGCUGCUUUAUUGAACCCUGCAUCCGCAGAACCUCUUGUUUGGCCAUUGCCUUUAAGGUUCAUAAGCGAGCUUAAUCCGGAUGCAAAAGAACUUUUGGAGAAGGCCUUAAUGGAAGCUAACAGAGAGAGGGAGAGAGCCAUUUUGAAGGAUACAAUCCAUGCACUUCCACCUGAUUCACAGUACGAGGUCGAAGCUGACGAUGCUGCCUCUGAGGUGAGCGAUGCGGAUGUAUGCUGCAUAUGCUUUGAUCGGCUAUGCACGAUAGAGAUUAGACAAUGCGGUCACCCGAUGUGUGCUCCUUGCAUCUUAGCCCUAUGCUGCCACAAGAAGCCCAACCCGUUGACAGCAUCUCCUUUAGUCCUAGUUUGCCCAUUCUGCCGUUGCUGCAUCACCCAACUAGUCGUUGCCAAAACCGACAAUCAAGAAUCAGAAGCCGAUGCUAGUCCUUUAAGGCUGAGUAGUGGAAUGAUCACCAACAUCGAUACAGGAGCGGAAUUCAGUCCCUCUAAGCCAACUAAAUCUAGAAAGUCCAAUUUCAGUGAAGGAAGCAGCAGCUUCAAAGGUUUAUCCGCCAUCAGCCCGUUUGGGAAAGUGGGUGGUCACAGUCCCGGAAAACUACCUGCCGAAUGCAGUGAAGAAAAUGAGAAGUUCUAACAAGCAACAACCAUGGUAGAGUAUGUUUGGUAUGCUCUUUGAACUCCAUUCUUAUAUGGUUUAUAUCGAUUAUAAUGAGCUACGAGAAUGCGAUAGGCAUUAAAUUGUCUUGCAAAGUUCGAAUUACUCGGACCUUUCCGUUGCAGUCUCCAUAAAGCAGUGGACUACGUUUUUUUUCCUGAAAGAAAUAUAUGAUGGGGGCAAACUAGGCUUGAUUUGAG